UUCAGACAACCCACAAGACCAAGCCACCUCUUCCGCCUCUCCAAUGGCGUCACUAUCUUCUCUCUUCCUCUCCAACCCUCGCUCUGCCUUCCAAACCCUAACCCUAACCCUAACCCUAACCCUAAACCUAACCCUAACCGUCAAAUUCACCUCCCUCUGAGAACCCAAACCCUAAUUUUCUCCUCAAGCUCCUCCCAAAUCUCCACCGAUUCUCCACCGCCACCUCCUCCGCCGCUGGAGAAGAAAUCGUUCGCGGUGGCCACCGGCGAGCUCUUCCUGGGAAUUGCAGCGCGAAUUAUAAAGAGAAGGAAUGGGAUUGAUGGUGGGGACUCGAAUUCGGUCCCGAUUACGAUGUUUAGGGAUUCAGAGAGAGGGUCGUAUUUUUGGAGGAGGACGAAGGAGGGGAUUGCGUCGGUGGUGGAGGACCCGGUGCAGCCGGAGGUGGUUUGGGAGCAGAGGUUGAAGGAUGUGGAGGCGGAGAGGUGUCGGAAGGCGGUGACGAGCCCCGGGUUUAGCUUCUCUGCUGCUGGGUUUCUGUUUCCGUACCAUCUUGGUGUUGCUCAAUUUCUUAUCGAGAAGGGUUACAUAAAGAUCCUUUGGAGGCCUAGAGGCUUGUUGGUUGAUCAAUUUGACUCUAAAGAAGACCUCAUCAAUGCAGUCUUUACUUCAUCCUUUAUUCCGGGAUAUCUUGCACCAAGACCAGCAACAAUGUUCAGUAAUCGACUUUGCAUUGAUGGGGGUUUGACAUUGUUUAUGCCACCCACGUCUGCUACUCAGACGGUAAUGAUUCUUUCGGUGAAAACAGAAUUUAAAUAACCAUGCAUUGCAUAGUUUUGUUAGUUGAUGUGGAAUCACAAAUAUAUAACUAUCAUAACUAUCACUGGUGAGAGAAACCCGUUAAUGGUAUCUGAAGUUGUUAAUGCAUGAAUGCUGCAUAGACUCACUUAACAGCAGCGUAUUCAUUUAGCUUCUCUUGACAAGUAUGUCAAGAAUUUUUAAUAUAUUGAUUAUGAAAUUGUAUUACUAUAUUUGGGCCUUCCUGCCUUCAAUUCUGACAUUAAGGGGAAGGUCUCUUUGAAGAUUUUGUUUUGUUUUUUG